AUGGAAGAAAACAAAAUGAACGUGACUGAAUUCAUUCUAAUGGGGCUGACACAGAAUUCUAAGAUGCAGAAAAUUCUAUUUUUUGUGUUACUUAUCACCUACAUUGUCACUGUCACAGAAAACCUGCUCAUUGUCACUACUAUAAUCUGCAGCCGGACUCUGGACUCCCCAAUGUAUUUUUUCCUGGCAUUCUUAUCUCUGAUAGAUGCGUGCUAUUCUUCUGCUAUAAUCCCUAAAAUGCUAACCGACCUUCUUUCUGACACAAAAGCUGUCUCAUUCAAUGUCUGCAUGACACAACUUUUCCUUGAACAUUUCUUUGGAGGUUCGGAGAUCGUCCUCCUUGUGGUCAUGGCCUAUGAUCGUUAUGUGGCCAUCUGUAGACCUCUGCACUAUGUGACCAGGAUGAACUACACUGUGCGCUGCACCCUGGUGGGGGUGUGUUGGACCGUGGGCUUUCUCCACUCCUUUGGACAGAUUCUAGUCACGUUCUGGCUCCCAUUCUGUGGCCCCAACAGGAUAGAUCAUUUCAUGUGUGACAUCUUCCCCCUGAUACAGCUUGCCUGCACUGACACUUUCCUUCUUGGUUUCUUGGUUGCUGUCAAUGGUGGGGGAAUGGCUACGAUCACCUUUGUCAUGUUGUUGCUAUCUUACGUGGUCAUCCUGUGCUCUUUGAAGACUCACAGCUCUGCAGGGAGGAAAAAGGCCCUCUCCACCUGUGGCUCCCACAUCUCAGUGGUCAUCUUGUUCUUUGUACCAUGUAUUUUCAUGUAUCUGAGACCAGUGGCCACCUUUCCCAUGGAUAAAGCAGUGACAAUAUUUUAUACUCUGGUCACUCCCAUGUUAAACUCUAUCAUCUACACAGCAAGGAAUGCAGAGGUAAAAAAUGCCAUUAGAAUGUUAUUAAACAGGAAUAGAAGUUUAGGUAGUGAAUAA